AUGGCGACAUCCAAUUUGCCGGGCCGAAUCAGCAUCACCGUGAGCGCGGCGUCGGGUGCGAGCUGCACCAUUGCAGCCUUGGCGUCGGGGCGUGUGGACCAACUGCACGGGGCCAUCGAGCGGGUCUUAAGGAUCCCGACCUGCGUGCAGAAUCUGAUCAUUGCUUGCGAGGGCGGCUCACGGGAGAUAAAGAGCCACGAGCUCCUGUCCAGCCUUCCCUUACAAAGCUGCCAGAAUCACUUCACCGUCUUCAACAGCUGGCCGAAGGAUCCCGAAGAAACCGUCGAGAAGCUGAAGGCGGCCUCUCGCUCCCCCACGCCGCUAACUGCAGCAGCUGUCGCACGGUGCUUGAGCUUUGAAGACGGCUAUGUGCAAGCUGCCGCCAUUCAGGCACUCUCAUGGAUGGGAAAGGCGGCCAAGCAGCAUGCGCCUAAAAUUGCCGAGAAGGUGCGGCUGGAGCUGCCGAAGAGGUACCAGCAUGGUUUACGCUUGCCAACCGCGGAGGGCAGACAACAGAGGGCAGUGGCGAUGACCGCCGCAGUCGCUUUGUCCUGGUUAGAGGAGGCCGGAGCCGCCUACGCCUCUGAUAUCCUCCUCUACAGAUGGUGGAAUUUUUCCGACAAGGCCAGGGGCGCUUUUGAGGAGAUGUGCCAGUCGGAGUCAUCCGCAACACGACUUGCUGCAAUGAAGUCGCUUACUGCCCUCUUGGAGAAAGAUGGGUUUGGUCCUGUGGUGCGCUUUGAGUACGAACGUCGCCAAAUUGCCCUACGAUACAUCUGCCAUGCGGUGUUCGAUGAAAGUACCGAGACCAUUUUAGACCAGCUCCUGCAAUUCGGAGAGUACGGAGAAGAUUUCCGUGGCGAGUCCUUUCCCGAGACCGUUUCGACCUUUUGCCGGGCUCUCGCCGCGAAGUUGGAUGGGUACUGGCCGCAGUUCGUAGGCUGGCAGGAGGGCAUCGACGACCAGGACUCCGAAGCGGCCACCCAGGUGGCCACGGCUGCAGUUCGCUACCUCCGACGCCGAUUUCAGCAAUGGCUGGCCGACAGCCAAGCCCCUUUUGGUGCGAUUGAGUCAGCAGGUAUGGAUCUCAUCGAAGACUUCGAGCUUGGCCUCGCCAGCCCUCGAUGGCAGGUGCGCAGGGCGGUCGUGGAGAGUCUCAUUGCGAUUGCUCCAUGGGGUGCUCAUGGUGUGGAUGGCGUGCACCUGAUGCAAAUUAGAGAGAAGCAAAAAGAGGUUUUAGAAGUGAUGGCAAGCUUCCUGGACAAGUACAAGGCGUAUGUGGACGACUCCUCUUCAGUGCGCCAGUGCUUCCAAUCCAUCGGCUUCUACUGCCCAGACGAUGUCUGCUACGAAGACUACUUGGAAGAACGCAGAAAGGAGUGGACGGCGCAAUGGGAAGACUCCCUGAUGCGUGACAAGCAUGGUGGAUAUCUUAAGUCGCAUGCCACCCGCCGGGCACGUCACAACAAGCAGCAUGGCGCCAAUGCAUCGGAGGGACCGUCUACAAUCGCAAGGAAGAAGAAAUGGGAAAGGCGAUCGAAGCCAGCAGAGGUGCAAGACUACGCGGAAAUCAAGAGGAUCAGCCAGCGAGACAUGAAGCAGGAUCGCCAGCUCAAGGCCGCGAUCCUCGGACGCGAGCUCUUCAGCUUUUCCCUGGGCCUCGAAUGCGAGAGCUCGUCGGUCCCUGCCACUGACGUGCAUCUCACAGCUCUGAGAUACGUGGUGAAGGGGUGA